CUCGCACGGGUACUACGCUGCGCCGGAGGCUCUCUCGCGGGCAGGCGCUGCGCGACCAUGGCGGACAAGGAGGCCGGCGCCAGCGACACGGGGCCCCGAGAAACAGCCCCCACAUCUGCAUAUUCAUCUCCAGCCCGGAGUCUUGGGGACACAGGAAUAACACCUCUCUCUCCUUCCCAUAUUGUGAACGACACUGACCCCAAUGUGUCAGAACAGCAGACGUUUCUUGUGGUGGUAGCCAUUGACUUUGGGACCACAUCCAGCGGCUAUGCCUACAGCUUCACCAAGGAGCCAGAAUGCAUCCAUGUGAUGAGACGAUGGGAGGGAGGCGACCCUGGUGUGUCCAACCAGAAGACCCCAACCACCAUCUUGUUGACCCCUGAGAGGAAGUUCCACAGUUUUGGGUAUGCUGCCAGGGACUUCUACCAUGACCUGGAUCCCAACGAGGCCAAGCAGUGGCUGUACCUGGAGAAGUUCAAGAUGAAGCUGCACACUACAGGGGACCUUACCAUGGAUACAGACCUGACAGCAGCAAACGGCAAGAAACUCAAAGCCCUUGAAAUUUUUUCUUAUGCCCUGCAGUACUUUAAGGAGCAGGCUUUGAAGGAGCUGAGUGACCAGGCAGGCUCGGACUUUGAAAACUCUGAUGUCAGAUGGGUCAUCACAGUGCCUGCCAUUUGGAAACAGCCUGCCAAGCAGUUCAUGAGACAAGCUGCCUACCAGGCGGGCCUGGCCUCCCCAGAGAACUCAGAGCAGCUCAUCAUUGCCUUGGAGCCCGAGGCGGCCUCCAUCUACUGCCGCAAACUGCGACUGCACCAGAUGAUUGAGUUGAGCAGCAAGACGGUGGUCAAUGGGUACAGCGGCAGUGACACAGUAGGAGCGGGGUUUGCACAGGCUAAGGAACACAUACGGCGUAAUCGGCAGAGUCGGACAUUUUUGGUGGAGAAUGUCAUAGGAGAAAUCUGGUCCGAGCUGGAGGAAGGUGACAAGUAUGUGGUUGUGGACAGUGGCGGAGGCACUGUAGACUUGACAGUCCAUCAGAUACGGUUACCAGAAGGACACCUCAAGGAACUGUAUAAAGCAACAGGUGGACCCUAUGGAUCCUUGGGAGUGGAUUAUGAAUUUGAAAAACUUCUGUGUAAAAUAUUUGGAGAAGAUUUUAUCGAACAAUUCAAAAUCAAACGCCCUGCAGCCUGGGUUGACUUAAUGAUUGCGUUUGAGUCUCGAAAAAGAGCGGCUGCCCCAGACCGAACUAACCCACUGAACAUCACCCUACCCUUCUCCUUCAUUGACUACUACAAGAAGUUCCGUGGGCACAGUGUGGAACAUGCCUUGAGGAAGAGCAAUGUGGAUUUUGUGAAGUGGUCUUCUCAGGGGAUGCUGAGGAUGAGUCCAGAUGCCAUGAACGCCCUUUUCAAGCCAACCAUUGACAGUAUCAUUGAGCACCUCCGGGACCUGUUUCAGAAGCCUGAGGUAUCCACAGUGAAGUUCCUCUUCCUGGUGGGUGGCUUUGCUGAGGCACCUCUCCUGCAGCAAGCAGUGCAGGCCGCCUUUGGUGACAAGUGCCGGAUCAUCAUCCCCCAAGAUGUGGGCCUCACCAUCCUCAAGGGCGCCGUCCUCUUUGGCCUGGACCCUGCCGUCAUCAAGGUGCGCCGAUCCCCACUCACCUAUGGGGUGGGCGUGCUGAACCGCUACGUGGAGGGCAAGCACCCACCUGAAAAGCUGCUGGUGAAGGAUGGCACUCGCUGGUGCACCGAUGUCUUCGACAAGUUCAUCUCUGCCGAUCAGUCUGUGGCACUGGGUGAGCUGGUCAAGCGUAGUUACACUCCAGCCAAGCCCUCCCAGCUGGUCAUUGUCAUCAACAUCUAUAGUUCCGAGCAUGACAAUGUCAGCUUCAUCACCGACCCAGGGGUGAAGAAGUGUGGCACACUCCGUCUGGAUCUCACAGGGACGAGCAGCACAGCGGUGCCUGCCCGGAGAGAAAUCCAGACCCUCAUGCAGUUUGGGGACACUGAGAUCAAGGCCACAGCUGUCGAUAUAGCCACCUCAAAGAGUGUCAAAGUGGGGAUUGACUUCUUAAAUUACUAGCCAUCCCUCCCUACCGCCAGCCCCCUUGGACUCAACUCACCUGCAUCUGCUGACCUCGUCCUUGAUCCUUCUGUCCCUGACCUUGACCCUUACCAUGGCCCACCUAAGGAACUGGAGCAGGAAAGAUGAAAACGACCAGGGCGAGAAAUAACUAGGGCUUUUUCCAGGGCACACUGGAGUCAGAAAAACUGUCAGAAAUUAAGAUUGAGGUCUGAAAAUAGAAAACUCAAGGAUCCUAGAAGAGCAGCUAGUUUUCAGAGGUACCAAAGUGCUCCAACAUUUGCCUGACAAGGGAAUC